AUGAUUCCAGAACAGGCUAAGCGGGCCCCAGCCAUAGAGCUACAGCAAAAUCAAGGCAUAAUACACGCUGAAAAUAACCAGCACAAGACGAAUGCGGAGCUAGAUCCUAUAGGUCAGGAUGCCAAUGAGCGGAAUUAUCCCCAUGGUAUGAAGCUUGCUGUGAUUGUUGGCUCUCUGGCCGCUUCGAUCUUCUUGGUGGCCCUGGACGAGACUAUUAUCACAACUGCAAUCCCCAAAAUCACUGAUGAUUUCCAUUCCAUAAAUGAUAUUGGGUGGUACGGAUCUGCGUACUUCAUGACCUUUGCGGCCUUUCAACUUAUAUUCGGCAAACUAUUCUCGUUUUACUCCAUUAAAUAUGUCUUCCUUGUCUCAGUUGCCAUCUUCGAAGUCGGCUCCCUGAUCUGUGCUACUUCUUCAACCUCCAGUGCCUUCAUUAUAGGUCGUGCCUUCGCAGGUUUAGGCAGCGCUGGCAUAAAUGCCGGCUUCAUCAUUGCAAAGAAGCCAUCAACCACUUGGCAGCAAAAGCUUGGUCAGAUGGACCUCCUUGGUACCGCUAUUUUGGUCCCAGGAAUCGUUUGCUUGCUUCUCGCUCUUCAAUGGGGUGGCUCGCUAUACAAAUGGAAUACUGCUCCACCGAUCGCUUUACUAGCAGCAGCAGGAGCGGCCGGGCUGGCCUUUGUUAUAGUCCAAGUCUGGAAGCAAGAGAGCGCUACUGUGCCUCCUCGAAUUAUCAAGCAGCGCAGCGUGGCAUGCAGUGCCUGUUACGUCUUCCAUGCAGGGGGCGCGCUCAAUGUCACUCAAUACUUCAUACCCAUCUGGUUUCAAGCUAUCCAAGGCGUUACAGCAUUUGACUCGGGAAGCCGCAUUCUGCCAACCACCCUUGGAACUGUGAUCUUCUCUCUCAUUGCUGGCAUCGGCGUUGCAAAAUUCGGAUACUAUACCCCUUUUAUGAUCCUAGGUGCUGCCUUACUAGUCACUGGCGCCUCCCUAAUAACAACAUGGCAAGUUUCAUCGUCCACUACGCAAUGGAUAGGGUACCAGCUCAUAUUCAGCGCUGGCGCCGGCCUUGGUAUUCAACAAACUCACACGGCUGCCCAAACAGUUCUCGCGCCCGUAGACGUGCCUAUUGGGGCUGUUAUCAUGAUCUUUGCGCAAAUUCUUGGUGGCGCAGUGUGGCUAUCUGUGGCACAGAAUGUGCUCACGAGCCAGUUACUUGAAGGCCUUGUUAAUGCUGUACCGGGUUUAGACCCCAAACUUGUGCUCGACAAAGGAGCAACAGGUUUCCGGGGGACUGUUGGGCCAGAAUCCUUGGGUGGUGUGUUAAAGGUGUACAAUUUUGCCUUGACAAGGACGAUUUAUUGUGGAGUUGCGCUGGCUGCUGCAGCAUUGAUUUCCUCGAUGGGAAUGGAGUGGAGAUCAAUUAAGAAGGUGUCGAGCUCUGAGCUAACCUAA